AUGACUCACAUUUCAGAAAUUAUCCUUUUGGGUUUUGGAGAUCUUCACGGCCUUCAGUUUUUCCUUUUUGGGAUAUUUCUGACCACCUACGUGAUGACUCUAAUGGGUAACAUUGUGAUCCUAAUUGUAGUAUCAGCUGAUCAGUCCCUUCACAUGCCCAUGUAUUACUUUCUUGGUCACUUUUCCUUCCUAGAAAUUGGCUACACCACAACCAUUGAGCCCCUAAUGCUGAAGACAUUGCUAUCAGCCCCUGUACCUAUUUCCUUCCCAGCCUGUGUUUGCCAAUUUUAUUGUUUUGCUGCCCUGGUGGCUACAGAAUGCUUCUUCCUGGCUGUAAUGUCUUAUGAUCGCUACAUAGCCAUCUGCAACCCACUGCACUACUCCAGCAUCAUGGACUACUGGAGCUGCUUACGACUAGCUGGUACAUCUUGGUUGGCUGGAUUUCUUGCCCCCACUAUUCUCAUGGUUCUUAUUUUUCGUUUACCAUUCUGUUCUGCCAAUGAGAUCAACCACUUUUUCUGUGAUCUGAAGCCUAUUAUGAAACUGGCCUGUGCUGACCCUUGGCUAGCUGAGAAGGCCUCUUUUAUAUGUACCACUUUAUUUGCCCUUGGACCCUUCUUGCUGACCCUGGCUUCUUACAUUCAAAUCAUCUCUACCAUCCUACGGAUUCCUUCUGCCAGUGGCAAGCAGCGGGCCUUCUCUACCUGUUCUUCUCACUUGACAGUGGUCAGUCUCUACUAUGGGACACUAGGGAUUGUCUAUGGUUUCCCAUCAGGGCCUAGGUAUGAUGACAUUCUCAGGUUGCUCUCCCUUCUGUACACAGUGCUUACUCCUGCCCUCAACCCUGUCAUUUACACCCUAAGGAACAAGGAUGUGAAGGCGGCUCUGAGAAAAUGGUUAAAAUGA